AUGACUUCCAACAAUGACGUGACUUGUACGAAGGACAGUCGACGUCCUCCAGGAACCGUUCCACUCGAACGAGACAACUUACGACGAAUCGCCGUCUUUGAGAUCCUCGAAUCAAUCCUCUACUCACGUAUACAUCCUCUACACAGCAUAAUAUAUCAUCCCAAGUACUCCUACGGCCGUUCUCAUCCAGGCCUCAUGACUCGUCUUUCGUAUUGGAGUGAUUGGGAAACCAAAGUGUUGGACACAUCGCCCCUUGAGCACGCGGCUGCUCUAAACUCUUCGCAGAAAGCAAAUUACGGACAGAACCAUACAUCCCUUCGGUUCGCGACAUCUGCUUUGCUUUGGGUGGUUGUGGGCACUUAUGUCAUCUCCUUCCUCAUCUGCCUCGGUACGAGUUUCCGAAGACCACAUGGCCAACGGGUCUUUCACUAUAUAUUCACGAUCUCCCUCCUCUCUGCGGCUAUCCACUACUUUACUCUUGCCUCUCUCUUUGAGAGAAUAUCCAAGCUCUAUUGGCCCAACUUGGCUGCACUUGGUGGGGCACGCCGGGAUGAAUCUAAUGAGAUGCAUAUGGCUGAGUCUGCCUACCUCUUCAAAAAAGUCACAUAUGGAGCCAUGGUGCUCGCAUUGGGGUUGUUGAGCGGUGUGCCAUGGGCCAUGAUCAUCUACAACAUCGCUCUCGCGUGGAUCUGGAUACACUCAUAUCUGGUCUUCCUCACGUCUAACAUGUGGGAUACAUGGCCACAAACCUACCUUGAAUCCUUCGCAUGGGGGUUCUUUGCCUUCGGUACCAUUGCCUGGCUCAUAUUAGCCUCGAAUAUCCUCGGUCACGGCAGAGAGAGCGCAGUCAGAUUGGGAGGCCACCGCCAUUACGAUUUUCUAUCCAUUUGGGCGGUGACGACGUGGUUCCUUUGGAACUUAACCAUUGUCUCGAGUAUCAGAGAUACCGGGAUCAGCCUCGACGUCAUGGACUGUUUUUUUGGGCUAGCCUUUGUUGUCGCCGAUAUUAUGAUGACACCGAUCGCUGCAUGGCUAUUUUGCCAUUCAUCCCACACUCUUGACCACAACAAGCGCGCGAUAUCUGACAGGGUUCACGACGAUGGACGCGAUCCUGAGGGUUCGACUGUGGCACCGGCACGUGGCACUGAUCAUCAACCAGAAACCUCGACCCCGUUCACCCUCCGACAAUACUUUCAUAGGCACCCUCCGACGAUACUUUCAUAG